AAACCGUAGAGAACAGUAAACACAGGGUUGCUCUGCUGUUUGUGUGACAACAAUGGAUACGAGCUAACCGUGCGGGGGGAAUGCGCAGAUAAUUUCCACAGAAACGCGGGCAGGUUGUCAGAUACAUCACCGAGAGUCACCGCACGCACCGGGACCGACCUUUCAAUUCCUGCUUCGCGACUAAAGGGCACCGGACAGCUAUGGGUGGGUUGGGAAACGUGCGUCGUGCAGGAAGAUCCCCCCCUUUAAUGAUCGGGGCUCUUAUCGCCUGCAUACUGGUUCUGGGCUUUAACUACUGGGUGUGCAGCUCCCGCAACCUUGAGCUACAGACUAAGCUGUAUGAGAUGGAGGGCCAAGUGCGACGUGGAGCAGCUGAGCGAGGAGUAUCAGAGAUUAAGAAGAAUGAGUUCCAGGAGGAGAUCCAGAGACAGAAAGAGGAGAUCACUCACCAAGAAAGUCUGUUCAAGAGACAGCUGGAAGCAUUAGAGAAGUCCUGCAACCAAGAGAAGGAUGCACUGCAGGAGAACAUGUCCUCUUCUGCCAAAAUAACACAGGAAAUCAGAGGUCGGGUGAAUCAGCUGAAUGAAGAAGUGGGGAAGCUUCAAAAGGAGCUACAGAGUUGCCAAGGCAACAUCAACACCCUUAACAGCAAACUCACUUAUGACAUGACCCAGUGUCACUCUCAGGUCCUGUCCCAGAAGGAGUUGUGUGAUGAGAGAGUAGCAGCUGCUAAACUUGAAGUUCAGACGAAAAUGGAGAAGCUCAUCAGCUCUCCCUCAGUCGUCACCUCACAGCAGGAAAAAACAACGGAUCGAGCAGGAAAAGCGGACAGACCCGUUGUGUCGGUGGCUGACCCGGAUAAGACAUCAACUGUUGUGAGCCACACUCCAAGUGUCUCUCGGAAAGAAAAUGAACCAACUGAACUACUGACUAAUGAGAUUAUUUUCGACCAAGGUUCUGAUGAGCCUGUGCCCUCAGUGAACGAUGUCUCGAAAGAAGAGCUCCAGUCUGUUCCCUCUGCAACUGCAGGCAAGCAGGAUAUUUUACCACCACUAGAGGGAGCUGUCAAAACAAACGAGGCAGGGACAGAGACCAGUAAACUGAUGAAGAAUAAUCUGACUGAGGAUGAAGACAUGGAGUUGAUGGAUGCUCAUGAAGAGGGCACUCAGACAGAAGACCCUGGAAUGGAGGGCAUGCUGAUUGGCCAGGGAAAGGUCGAUGAGACGCAUGAUGGUCAGAAAUUGGAGCCAGAAGAGUAUGGCGCAGACAGACACAUUGUGGGUGGAGCUGAUUCGAAGAAACAACAGCAGAUUAAACAGGCAGAAAACAUCGACAAGGACAUGGAGGAAGAGUUGGCUGACUAUAACGGCGAUGAUGAGAACGAAGGGGAAUUUGAAGCAGACAAACAAGCAGAACUUGCUCAACACUGAGAGCUGGUGUUGAAGAAGGAUCCUGGACGUGACAUCAGGAAAUAAGACAUGUUUUACACGUCAGCGCAAUCACACCAUACAGGUCAAUGCAGUCCUUGAAAAACAAAUCCCAAUGUAAAAUUCUAAAUGAAAAACUUGACGUUCGUUAUUUUCAUCAGGAUUUUCUUCUUGAUCUGUCUUAUUUAUUACCUUGAUCAGAAUAUUACAUUAUGUCCACUAAAUUCCCAGGCGGGAUCAUCAAUUCGUCUCUUAUUGGAGUACAUGUAUUUGCAACUUCAUAUCUAGUUCACAACUGAUUGCAAUCGAUGACUGUAUAAAGAUGACACUUCACUGUAGGGAUUUUGGAGUGCAGUCUUGGUAUCAAAGUUCCGCCCAUAACCCUUUCACAACCAAUCCUGAGUCAAUCACAGCUGUCAGUCAUAACGUCUCAUACUGUUUUUUUAUUCAUUAAAUAGUUAAAUCCAAUCUUAACAGUAAAAUAAGAAUACUGGAACAUCUAUCAGAUGAUCAGUGAUGGCAACUUUGCUUGAGAAAAAAAUGUGUCAAUUUAAGUUUAGAUUUAACUCCAAUGCACUAACGUGGAGGAGGUGGAGUUUAUGAUUAUAUGGCAGCUGCCUUGUCCUCCAUCUAUAUAUUGUCAUUGCUUGCAACAUGCAGCGUCAGUCAAAUAAACAUGGUCUCCAUUUAUAUGCACUUCACUGAACACAUCAAACCCUGCUAUGAUGGUGACUGCGCUCACAUUCAUUCACUGAACUGUAGGUGUUGUAAAAAACACUUUGUGAUUCUAAGUAUUUUUAAAAAUUGGUAGGUUUUGAUUUACAGAUUAGUGUUUCCGGUGUGUUGUGUUAUAUUCACUCUGUUAUGACUGUAACUUGAAGAUGAUGUUAAAGACCCUUAUAGGGUUACUAGGUGUCAAAUACUGAAGUCAUUUUAAAUGAUCGGAGUGAUCCCAUUGACAGAACUCCUCCUUCAGGGGGCGUCGUCUCUCCCUGAGGUACAACAGCAUCUUUAACAAUGCCUUAAGCUACUCUUGUACAGUCUCUAAUUGGAAAGAUGCUGACCUCAGAUCAAUAGUCAGAGCAUUUCAUUUAAAAAAAGCUGGGAUAUGCAUGUAAAAAGCAGCAAAUAAAGGAAACUUGGGGGUCAUUUUGUUGUCCGAUGUUAACAGAUGGAAAAACAAGAACAGCUUAUUUUCUAAUUCCCAUAAAGCUAUAGACAUUGUGGACUGGUUUAAUAGACUCGGAACAGAACAAAUGAACAAAUUCCCCGUAUGGUUUACAUGCUCUUAUGUUUUCAACGUAAUAUGUUAUGUUUUCUGUAAUUUUUUUUUUCAAUGAGCAAUCCCCUCUAAACUUGGCUAAUCAAUUGCCUUUGGAUCUUGGCUUUUAUUCUCAGAUCGCACACAGUGACAAGGUUGAAUGUUUCUACAUAAGACAGAAAAACACAAUAAUAAAUUAUGAAAUAAAUAGUUUGGAACAUCUGGACAAUAGUUUGUAUUAGAUUGACAACCUUACUUUAUUAUGACGCAUGCCUUAUUAAUUCCGUGUGAAGUCCAGUUUUCCUCUGUGAUCGGUUGCUUCUAUGCACCUGCUCCGAGGUUUGUGAGUUUUACUUUGUGGAUACUGUUUCGUCUGUCGAUUAGUCUGUUUAUUAGUCUGUGAGAACAUGAAGAGCCAUUUCUGAGAAUUGCUGUAAUAUUAUGAAGGACAUUUCCUUGAAGUAGGACCAGUGUGUUCGUUACCAUCGUUCAUGCUCCUGGAGUCCAGUAGAUUUGAACUGUUCAGUAGCUGUGCUAAAAUGUAUUCAUCUGCUCAACUUCAAACUGUACUAGGCUGGAAAUUGUGUGUUUGUGUUUGAGCGCAAACACAAACUUAUAUUAAGACAUCAUAAACAUCAAAGUUAGGAUAUUCUAUUGCCUUGUAUAAUAUCGUAUACGGGUUAGAAUAUUUAUUGUUGCUUCCUGCUUUACUCAGAGGUGGUUGCCUCCACACUGUGUUAAUGGCCAUCAUUCCCAUAACACACUGACUUAUUAAUGGUGUUUAACAUGGUGGAAAGUUAUCUUCCUAGAUUUCUGUUAUCAGGAGUCUGUCUUUGAUUGAACAGUUCUUGGAACACAGAGGGUUUGUUUUACUGUCUGUACAGAUCAGCUGCAGUGCACCUGACUUUAACAGGUCCAGGUGUGAAGGAUCGAACUAAAGGUUUUAACAUUUUAAGGAUUUUAUCAAAAUCCCUUCUGAUGUCAAAAUGCAGCAGUACAAAGCCUAGUUUUGACAUAUUUUAAAUUGAAGCUUAAGUCCACUUUAAGGAAAAUGCAUGAACAGAAUAUACAGAUUAUGAAACAUUUUAUAUGCUGGAUUUUCCAGGAACUCUGGUGUUCAGUUUACAGCUUGAGCACAACAAACUCUGAACUCGAAAACAUCACAUCAACUGCAAGUGUCAUCCAAACCAUUGUCAUCCAGAAUACGCACAAAAUUCAUUGUGCUAAGUUUGGAGAACAUUUUAAAACCAUGUGACAUUUGGUACAACUCUCGUUUUCCGUCAAAAAGGUAAAAUAAGAUGUUAUAGUACAUUCUUUUAUCCACAUUUACUCAUGGCUUCAUAAAAGGCUGUAACACCUGUGAAGAGUGUUUCUGGUUAAGUUAUUUAUUAUAUAGUAACGUUUUCCAAACAACCAAAAACGGUGGUUUAUAAUUCGAAACUUUUUCCAGAGAGUGUCCUCUCGAAUGUAUAUGACAGGUAGGAUCAAUGUUAUUAACUUAACGUUUGUUUGUUUCUUUAUUGUUUUUUAAAUCUGGGCCUGCUCAUCCCAGUAACAAUAUAUAUAUAAUAGGAAUGCUAAAGAAAGAUAAAUUAUUUAAUCAGGAGAAGGAGAAGUUCCCUCAUACAGACAGGAGGCUACAGGGAAACACUUCGUCAAUAAAGAUGUACUGCCGGUGCAACAUCGCCCAGGAAAAUAUCCAUGAACUUCACUCCUUUUGUCUGAAUCUUUCCCCACUUUGGUUGAUUCUGGAGACGAGUGACGUGUUUAAUUCCAUAAUUGUGUUUUCAGAGUUGCUGUUAUUCAUUGUCUUGACUGCUUUGGCCUCUCAAUUGUGUAAAAACUCAAAUUUUCUGAACUACAGGUCUGUGCACCUAAAAUGUUUUAUUAUUUUUAUACAUUGGAUAAACUUUUUUGUUGUCGAUUGAAUUUGUGUAAAUGUUAAUUUUAUUCUGUACUGCUGAACAAAUUUCUGGAAGAUCUAAAUAAUCAUAGGCUUGAUUGGUGAUAGAGAAUAAAGAUUGUUUUUAUUACCACUA